UAUCCGAUGGCCAGAAAGGGAUUAUUUUUUAAUAAAUUGUUACAAUUUUGGUAUAUGUUAUGCAGUAAGUCCAGAGACUGUUGUGUACACAAUGAUUUUAUAUACAAUUUACUAAAAAAGUGGCCAUUAACAAAAAAUUUUCUCAAUUCAAAUGAGUAGCAGCUUCGACCCGUAAACAGUAUUCCAUAUGUCACCGAUACAUCAUGGCUUAACAAGCGGAUAAUUUCAGACACACAAUUUGGCUUGCAUACUUUUUUUUAACAUAUUUCAAUGUAUGUUCAUAUGCUAUUUUGGAUUUUUGGACAAUUUUGGUCUUUGUUUAGCUAAUGUUUAGCUAAUGAGUCUUGUAAACAGUUUCAUUAAGUUUUAUUUAAUUUAGUUUCUCCCAAAUUUGCAAGUUAUAAAGAUAUACUUUCAGCCUUAAGAUAUAUUGUGAAUAUAGUAUUGUGAAUUUGAGAAUGUCCUUUAUUCACUCCAUAAGCUGGGGUUUUGUGUGUGUCGCUGCUUAAAUGGAGAUUUUCAGCUCUGGAGAAAAAUAACUGACUCUGAGAAAACGGCGGGUAAACAUUUGAAUUUUGUAUCAAUUCAAACUGAACUGAAUUUAGCCGUUAUGCUCUAAGUAUGGGGGGAGGGGCUUAACUCCGCAGGGUUAUAACUGCGGCUACUAGACAUUUUUAACACAGGAUAUUAAUAUUUACUAUUUUUCAUUACGAUAAGGGAUAGGUUUAGCUUUGGGGUAGGUAUAUACGUUAAUAAAACACAAUAGGUUGGACCAACUCGUUUUGUUAUGUCAUCAUUUUAUCGACUUUAUUUCUCCAUGCUAAUAGUAUCAAUGGCUAGUCGUGUCAUUUGGGUGAAGCUGACAUUUUCAAGUUUUUUUCUUCACAAUAUUAAUGGCCAUAGCUGAGCGGUACUGUAGGGGGCGCUGUGGUGAUUUUCAUCUACCGGACCGCCAAACCACGGAAGGAAUAAACACCAGAGCCCUCGAUGGAAACGAUGAUGUUGAGCGUGGAAGUGCAGAUGGACAUGAGCUGCUGUAAAUCAGUAGGAACUGAUCUGUCCAUGCUGGAUAUUGAGGAUUUCAUUAGUCAAAUCUGUCAGCUGAAGAAAGAGGUGGCGUCGCUGGAGGCCAAGCUGAGAGAAAGAGGAGAGAAACUCCAGCCAGAGCAUCAGGAUUUACUGUGCGGUGUCAGAGAUCAGAGAUCCAGAGACUCGCAGAACUCAGAGCUCAGCCUGACUUUACUCUGUUAUACUGACGCUCAGGAUCAUCAGAGCUCUGAGCCAAACGCUGGAGAACAGCAGACCAACCUGAAGAUGUGCUCCGUCAGACUGGAGGACUGCAGGAACCUGAUCCAGAGCACAGAAAACACCACAGAAGAAGAAGAUCAGAGAGAGCAGGAGGAGGAAGAUGAUGAUGGUGAUAAUGAUAAAGAUGGGAAAGAUGAUAAUGAUGGAAAUGAGGAUGAUGGUGAUGAUGAUCAUGAAGAUAAUGGCAAUGAUGAAAAUGAUGAUGAAUUCAUUCCUGCAGAUGACAACGUUGAAUCGUCUGAUGAAGAAGCUCCUUUGACUUCGAAAGAUAAGCAGAAGGCCAGGAAGAGUUUCUCCUGCACCUCCUGCAAGAAAACAUUCACCUCUGAAAGUUUGUUAUUGGUUCAUGAAAAAAAACACUUAGAACCGAAGGUCUUCACCUGCAGGAGUUGUAAUAAAUGCUUUCCCACUUUAAAGGAGAAAAGACGUCACCUGAAAGAGCAUCUGGAGAAAAAGGAGUUUCACUGUGAACAGUGCGGGAUGGACUUUUUAUUGUCUUGUCAACUAAAAGCUCACAUGAAGACACACAGCGGUGAACUGCGUGUCCAGUGCGGCGAAUGCAGCAAAUCAUUCAGCACCAAAGGGAACCUGGAGGCUCAUAAGAGAAUCCACACGGGCGAGCGGCCGUAUAAAUGCCCUCACUGCGAGAUGAGCUUUAACCACGGAUCCCACUUAAAGAAACACGUCCGCAUUCACACCAACGACAAGCCGUACAAGUGCAGCGAGUGCGGAAAAACCUUCACAACCAGCAGCUCUCUAAACUCACAUCUAAAGUUCCACUCUGAGGAAAAACCUCAUCAGUGCAAAUACUGCGACAAACGAUUCCGGCAGAAAUCAGCUUUGACUUCUCAUGAGAAGACUCACAGUGGAGAGAAACCGUACCUGUGCGCCGAAUGCGGGAAGAGUUUUAUUACCACGACACAUUUAACUGCUCACCAGAGAAUCCACACUGGAGAAAAACCGUACCUGUGCAACAUCUGUGGGCGGAGUUUCAAUAAGCAAAUCAUCUUUAUAAACCACAUGAGGACUCACACUGGAGAAAGACCCUAUAAAUGUUCACACUGCGACAAGACGUUUGCACGAUCUGAUGUGCUGAAGACCCACGAGAGGGUUCAUACCGGAGAGAAACCGUACCGCUGCUCCAUCUGCGAAGAGAGGUUUGCGUAUUUAGGAAGUUUUCUGAGCCACCAGAAGAAACAUGGAGGAGAACGAGUGGAUGCACUGAAUUGAUGUGUAGAAUUUGCGGCCGUGUUUUAAGGUGUAUUGUAAUGAUUAAAGUGAUAGAUCUUGAAAAAUU